AUGACCUACAAGGAGGUGGCGUUGGCAGCGCAACUCAACGGUGCAUAUCGCUGUGCCACCGCUGCUCUUGUGCGCACGGAGCCGAGGGAGACAAUUUCUCGUCUGGCGCCCGCCAGGGCGUCGUCCAAGCAACGCGGCGACAGCAGCUCCAGGGGCGGGAGGGGCGCUGAAAAGGCUGACACCCCCACCAAGGGGUCCGGGAACAACGGGUCCUCUGCCCCCGCGCCUACCCUGUCAAGCGAAGGUCUUCGUUGCUCCUUGUGGCUGGGGCGCAGCGAUGGGGUUAUUGAAAUCCGCUCCGAAGCUGUGCCGGAGCGUCUCCUGGGUCUUGUGCCCCCCGCGGCGAGGGCGGUAGUGACGUCACUGCUCCAAAUUUCUCGCAAUCGUGUGGUUGCCGCCCUCUCGGACGGAGUACUUCGGGUAAUAGACGCGGUUUCUCUGCAAGAACGCGCGAGCGUACAGGCACACAAGUCGUCUAUCACGUGCAUGGUGCCUGUGACCUUGACAAAUGUCCAACGCCCGCAGGAAGAGUCUGAGUUCCCGCGCAUUUCUGCUUUUGUCACCGCGUCCUCAGACUUCACAAUUGCGACGUGGGACGGCGUGACGCUGGGGUGUCUCUGUCGCAUGCGGGGCCACUCCUGCGGGGUGACGGCGUUGGCGGCGACGGCGAGUGGGGCAUUCCUGUUUAGUGGAGGCAAGGACGGUUCGCUGCGGAUGUGGUCCUUGCUGGACGGCGCCCAGGUUGUUGGGAUGUCCACUAGUCACAAGGGCACAAAGAAGGCGACGAAGCGGAAGGAGGUGUCCGUGUCGCUUUCAGAGCAUCCACAGCAGGAUGUAAAAAGGAAGAAGGAACUGUUGUUGCCGCCUCAAAAGGGAGGGUAUCACACUGCAGGACAGCCAACAGCUGCGGAAGUUCGUUCCGUACACACACGUCGUUCAGUCUCUGCGCAAACCGUGUCCCGAGCGGCGCCCACAAGAGCGGCUACCCCACGCACCGGAUGCACGUCGCUCACCCCAACUCCAAGGAAGGCGACUACUACAGGCGCUGCCGCCUCGCACGCACACCUUUCAUCCCCGCAAGCCACGGCCAUCACGCCGCGAAGCGCAAGGGCGUUCUCUGCCGCCCCCGCGACGCGUUCGGCGGGGAGCCGGAAAAAGUCUUCGCGCGCCAUGUCCGCCACUGCGGGAGACCGAGCUUCCCGCAAGAAUCCGAUGAAAUCCAGCAAGUCGGGUCCAACUACACCGCGUCUGGGCGUCGUGCCGCACCUCACUGAGGUGGAGGUCGCCAUCAGCGUGGCGGACGAGGAGGAGGAGGAGGAAAAGAACGAGAGUGACGAGGAUGACAAGGACUGCCUUGAGGCUUCUGGUAAGGCCCGCCAAACACCCCGCAAAGAAGAUAGGGAAGGAGCCUUAUUGGGAAAGGAGCUGGGUUCCGGGGCGGCGGGUGAGGGUAAAACGGCACGAGCGGCGACGAAAGUGAAGAAAGGCAAAAAACGUCAAGCCUUCAAUUUUGGCACCGUUUUUCAACAGUUAGUGGGAAAGACAGGGACGGAUCCUAUGAUCCAACGCUUCCUCGCCGCGCGACGUUAUAGUGGGGAAGGGGACGAUGCCGUCUUGCUUUGGCCACUUAAGUGUGAGCAUAUGCAGAGCAUUACUGGUCUAGCGCUUAUAGGAGACCGGAUUCUAGUGACAGCGUCUCGCGAUGGCGUGGCCAAGAUGUUUGCCCUACCCACUGGGCGAAUGCUGUGUAGCGUUCAUCGCAGUCGUGCGGCCUUGACCAGCCUUGUCGUGGAUGAAAUGCAGUGCCGUCUCUGGAUUGGGGGCGCCGAUGGUUGUAUUUCUAUCUACGAUGCACUCCACCCAGAGGCAGGGCAGCUGCACGGCUGGCGAGAUCUUAACACGCCACAUCCGCAGCUAGUGCCACUGGUGUCACCUGGGUCAGAGGGUCUCGUAUACGUGUUGGCCACGCGCACGGAGACAACUGCGGUGAGCCAACCAAUUCCCACGCAUACAAGCACGGGUGACGCGGCGCAGUCGAAACCGCGCAAGGCCUCUGCCGUCAAGGAUUCCGCACCCGCGACGUCUUGUGGCAGUAAAGUCCCGAACUCGACCAUCCGGUCAACCCUGGCGUGUGUCCGGUUGGAUGGCGCGGAUGAUGAGUUGAUGCUGGAUGCCUCCUUGGUGCAAGCACUAGACAGGCAGUUUGAGAGUGCACGUAGUUUUUACCUUGGAAAUAGCUUGCGCGAAGGCGUCUUUCGCAGCGUUUUACGUCGCUCGGUGACGGAGGAAGGCGAGGAAUUACCGGGAUAUCUCACGGAGGAGAAGACGCAAGUCGUCUCCGCUCUGGAAGCUGGCUCCGCUCGAUUGCUGCGGCAACGGGCCUUCAGCCGAUGGUGGAUAUGGCGGACCCGCCGGGUGACACGCUACCGGCGACUGCGUGUAAUUUGUUAUUUAGAACGCCUUCAGCAGGAGAGAAUGCUGGGCACAUUUUUCAGGCGGUGGCAACAGCUGAGUUUGUCUAAGAGGCGCUCCCUGUACCCACUGGACAUUGGCCACGUAGAAAAACGGGUACAAGGUACUUUCCUUUCCUACUCCUGGGAUGGAACCCUUGACGGGGGGAAUACUGCGCAGGAACUUGCAAAUGCGCUCGCUGGUGCCAAGCAGCGACGUCUUUUGCAACGCCACUACGACAACUGGCUUCGUCACACGCGAGAGAUGCGGCGUAGUGUAGUUCAAGGCACAGCCUUCAAUAGACUAUUUUUGUCUUUUUGCGAUGCAAAGUUUGGGGAUGGCUCUUUCAUGUGGAGACGACUAGGGGCCGCGGCCGAGGCAACGCUGCACCACCGCCGUGCACUUUGGUUGCUGGAAAAACGCAUGGUUCCCAACCAAUACAAGUGCCUCAGCUACUACCUGAGGCGAUGGAUGCAAUAUGUUCAAAACCAAAAAGAGGGCCGUCAUUCGUUAGUUCUUGUUGAGCCACUCUCGUCUGUAUUGGUGGAUGAAGGCGCACUGCGAGCACGCUUCUACCUCAAGUGGUAUCAAUACGCCCUCUUUGAGGCAAAGCUGGUGCGCCUCGACGAGGAACGAAUGACGAUGCAGCGAGAGUGGAUUGCUGUGCAAAACGCGGUGGACAGCACAGCUUCGGUGGCGGAGCUUCGCCAAGAGGAGGAGCACCUGGAGCUGGAGAUCGCGCAGCAGGCAUUUGAGCGCGAUGGGGUGGAGAGCCAAAAUUUGGCGCUGCGCUCCGAACUGGAUUACCUGCAAGUGCAGAAGUCCCUGGACUGCCUCCUUGCCGGUUAUCGCGAUUCCUGGGACUCGCUGCGUAGACGACGCGACUCGGGUUCGGUGCCACGCAGCAGAGUUUCUAGUAACACCAGUCGUGAUAGAACACUGCCGUUGUUGGAUGAAGACGCCUGUGAGGGUGAGCUGUCAACGCUGCGACAGGUGGGAGCCGUGUUGCGGGCACUCAAGGCCGCCGGCGUCCGGUGUGGACGCCACAGGGCGCUUAUUGUGGCCUCGUACGAGCGGGUGGCGCAGCUUCCCAUAUUUGAGUGCCCCUUGGAGGCCUCUGACUACAACUCCAACGUGUCGGUGUGCUCCACGGGCGGUGAGCCAUCUACACUGCGCGUUGCCUCCACCACGCAGGUUCUGGAGGGGAAGCCGUUGGCCGAACAACGGCGGAGCCUCACGACAUAUGCGAACGCACCGAUUUCUCUGGCGGGGGAGUUUGAUCGGACCGUGCAGCAGCUGCAGAUAAUCAUUGCGACCGCGGCGAGGGUGACAGGCGCCGACCUCAGCGCGCCCCUCAACUAUGACUCACUCCUUUCCGUACCGGAGAAACAUGCAAGCAGUGAUAAGGGGCUUGUGAACCCCACAGAUCGCGUCUCGCUCUGCUGGUUAAACUUUGUGCCAUCCACCACACGAACGGAGGCGCUUCCGCUAAUUGUCGAUCUUGUCGCCAUGUUUGAUUCCUUCAAGGCCCACAGCGACACGGAGGUGGAGGGUGCGGGGAGAAAGCUAUCUACACGUGGGGCGCCAAAGGUAAUGCCACUUCCUUUGAGAAGCCUUUGCAAACCAAAAAGCGCCGUCUGGCUCGUGCGUCACGCUGCCGUGCUGUUAGAACUUCUCUCCCCUGGACUCUGGCAGCGUCAUUUGCGGCUGCGGGCGCUGGCAGCAGACACAUCGGAGAGUUUGCCACGGGCCAACCCGAGCCGCACGGGCACCGCCAGGGCAACCGAAGGAAAACCGCGAAGAACCCUUCCACGGCCACUGCACAACUUGCCCACGGAGGAGCUCAAGCCCCCAACGAGCCGGCCCCGCUCGAUGUCAUGGACUUCAGCGGGGACAUGCAGAACAAAUCCGCAAAUGAUGUUGCCAUUGGGUGGCCGUGGCUCAGGACAGCGGAAGGUUUUCAUUCACAGCGGGGGAUCCCUGACCCCACGCCCGCAGACCCUUUCCCACCUUAGCGAAGAUGACUACGAUGGACCGCGCCUGUCUGUGCCCAUUCCGCUACCCUCGCCCCAUUCGGGGGCGGCAACGCCAAAAAAGUCGCCCUAUGGCUCCGCCACGACACGCCCCUAUCUGGGAUUUCGGGUCGCCGUAGGUCGAGACGAUACGGGUCACACCACCUUGACCGUCCACGAGGUUGCCGAAAGUUAUCUCUGCGCCAGCGAUGGAAGUACAAGAGAAGGGCCGGCCUUCGCCUCCGGUUUACGCGCUGGAGAUCAGUUGUUACGCUUUGCGGGUUACGCGGUGACAGAGCUCGCGGCAUUCAACGCCGUCGUUGCACGUCAUGUGCGUCCAUGGGCCGGAAUCCCGGUGCAUUUCUUGAGGAACGGACAAAUCAUAACGGCAACUAUCGUUGUCGGCGAGAAGGCCCGUAAUGGCUGA